ACUCCACAAGAGAUGGAAGACACUGAGCCAUGGUAUUCUCACAAAGUGUAUGCAAGAUACUGGAGGCACUAUGACUUAGCCAUGGACUGGAUGCGUAGACACCAGAGAGCCUACAGGAAGGCCAUGGAGUCCUAUUACCACCUACCCCAGCAUCCUUCUGCAGCCUCUCCACACAGCCACUACUCAGGUUGGGAUGGGAAUGAUCUCCCACAUACCCAAAUCUAUUCUUCCAGCUGUAGCCCACAUGGCAGAGCUCCAUACCAUGGGGGAGCUCAGCAGUACACAGGUGCCCACCAGGGGAGGCAGGAUGCUGAUGAGGAGUCAGAAAUGGAGGAAGAUGCCGAAAGGGACUCGGAAAUGGAGGAAGACUCUGAGUCUGAAGGGGAGAUAGAGUAUGACUUGAGCAACAUGGAGAUCACAGAGGAGCUUCGCCAGUUUUUUGCAGAGACAGAGAGGCACCGUGAAGAGCUGCGGAGGCAGCAGCAGCUGGAAGCCGAGCAGCAGUACGUGGAGGCUGAUCAAGACCUCCACAGAUGGACGGAGCGUUCCGUGGAGCCACCUGCAGAAAGGCCUGGGGAGAGGAGAAUGGCAGAAAUGAAGAAACUGUAUGGUGCUGAGGCUGCAAAAAUCCAGGCAAUGGAGGCUGCCAUGCAGCUUAUCUUUGAUAGGAACUGUGACAAAAAGCAGCCCAAAUACUGGCCCAUUAUUCCCCUUAAGCUCUGA